ACCAAUAGUCGCUUUAAACGUGCUCUAACAAUCACAUGGCCGGCGUAGUUCAAUAAUGUUAGAUAUUUUUUUUCUAACUUUACUCUCUCACUAACCCUGCAUCUGAUACAUCUAUUUAAUUUUUGUUGGUUCCGUUUCCCUUCACUCUGUACUCCAAUUCAUUUGAAACAUGGCUGCAAUAUCAAUACCUUCUCACAUGAAAGCAUGGACGUAUUCAGAGUAUGGGAAAUCAAACCAAGUUCUAAAGUUCAACCAGAGUGUGCCUUUGCCUGAGGUGAAGGAAGAUCAGGUCCUCAUCAAGGUUUCUGCUGCUUCUCUUAACCCCAUUGAUCACAAGAGAAUGGAAGGCCUUUUCAGGAACACUGACUCCCCUUUACCUACUGCUCCGGGGUAUGAUGUUGCUGGAGUUGUGGUUAAAGUGGGAAGUGAAGUGAAGAAAUUUAAGGUUGGAGACGAAGUUUAUGGUGAUAUCAAUGUAAAAGCUUUGGAAUAUCCAAAGGUGAUUGGUUCUUUGGCUGAGUAUACUGCCGCAGAAGAGAGACUAUUGGCUCACAAGCCACAGAGUCUGAGCUUUGCUGAGGCUGCUAGCCUUCCUUUAACACUUGAGACUGCUUAUGAAGGCCUUGAACGAACUGAGUUUUCUGCAGGCAAAUCUAUCCUUGUGCUUGGAGGUGCUGGUGGAGUUGGAACCCAUGUCAUUCAGCUUGCCAAGCAUGUUUAUGGAGCCUCCAAGGUAGCAGCGACAGCUAGCACCAGGAAACUGGAAUUAUUGAGGAAUUUGGGGGCUGACUUGCCCAUUGAUUACACAAAAGAGAAUUUUGAAGACCUGCCUGAAAAGUUUGAUGUGGUGUACGAUACAGUAGGACAAACUGAACAGGCAUUCAAGGCUUUGAAAGAAGGAGGCAAAGUUGUGACAAUAGUACCACCUGGAUUUGCAUCAGCUAUCCUUUUCAUACUCAGCACUGAUGGGGCUAUCUUAGAGAAACUAAACCCUCAUUUUGAGAGUGGGAAGUUGAAGCCAGUACUUGACCCCAAGAGCCCCUUUCCAUUCUCUCAGGCUGUUGAAGCAUUUUCCCAUCUGGAAACAAACAGAGCAACCGGCAAAAUAGUCAUCUAUCCCAUCCCAUGAACAUAACUUGCUCCAUAAUAAUCUGCCUUGCUGUCUUUGAUUUAAGGUUUGUGUUAAAAGAGGGAGGCAUAUUAGUAAAUGUUCUCCGUAGCAUAAAGCUACCCACUUUCUUUUCAAGAGUAUGUGUAGUGUGGAAUUAGUAUAUCUUACAAACGUGGUUGCAGUUGUGACUUUAACUUAGUGUGGUUUGUACUGUUGUUUCGAGUGCAUAGUAUGAUUUGUAGUUUUGGCUAAUGAAAUAAUCACAUGGUUUUUAAUUUUUUGGUCU